ACAGUGGAGUAGUGGACUCUCCUAGUCUCCUUCAUCUUCUCCACCUCUUCAUCUCUCUCUCUCUCUCUCUCUACAAACGGACACUCUGUUUCACCGCGCGUCCAUGGUAAAUACCCAAAACUGACGGAUACAUACACCACAUAUAUGUAUAUGUAGAGAGAGAGAGAAGAGGAGAGAGUACAGGUUAUAUAUAUACAUAUAUGUGUGUGUGUAUGUGUAUAGCUGGGAAUGAGAUAGAGUCGCGAGCACGCAAAAGCUCUCAAAACAAGUACCGAUAAAUUCAUUUCCUGUAAUCUCUUUCUCUCUACUCUGUGUGUGUAUAUAUAUAUAUCUGCCGUGGAUAUAUUUAUAUAUAUAGAUUCCUGAAUUAGCUAGCUACCCAAGAUUCCCAGUGGCUGUGUAGCAUGGGCUGCUCGGGAUCUUCGCGUUCGAAAGGAGAUGGUGCAGAGACUGUUAAGAAGAUACGGAAGCCAAAACCUUGGAAACAUUCAGAAGCAAUAACGAGGGCUCAACUUGUACAGAUGCGUGAUGAAUUUUGGGACACGGCACCACACUAUGGUGGUCGGAAAGAGAUCUGGGAUGCACUUAGGGCUGCUGCUGAGGCUGACAUAUCCCUUGCCCAGGCUAUUGUGGACAGUGCUGGUAUUAUUGUUCAAGCCUCUGAUCUGACAAUCUGCUAUGACGAAAGAGGUGCAAAGUAUGAGUUACCAAAGUACGUUUUGAGUGAACCGACAAAUUUGAUGCGCGAGAGCUAAAGAAGAGAAGACUGGAUGCAUUUUGGAACGUAAAUUUUGUAAAGUGAUAAUACGCCAUUCUCUCUGUGAUUUAUUGUUUUCUGGGCAGUAAUCCACCAUUUAGUUUAGUAGUUGACAUAAAGAACCCACAUUUGGAAUAUAGCAAUGCCACAGUUUUAUGCAAAUGCCUAAAAGCUGUAUAAUUUGUUGUAACCUAGCUAUCUAGUGACCACUCAUAUCAUGCUCAAA